CCCGAACUGGCGACACCUCCAGAUGCCGUCUCUGCAUGUCUGGUCUACUGUAUUCUGAAUUUUGCUCUUUGGCCCUGGCGAAAGAAGAAAAAAAUAAUAAUAAAAGGGCGCAUCCAUCAAUAAAUAUCUGUCGCCUGUCAUCCAAAUUAAGCGGGGGCGAGUUUCUUAAUCAUUCCAUCCAUCCCUUCUCUUUCGCUCACACCCCCCCUGUAAUACCCUCUCUCAUUCGAUGAGAAAAGCGCACGUCAAAACCUGUCACGACGAAAGCAGGGAGAUGGUGAAAAAAAAGAGAUAAUCAGCGCGGCGUACUUGCAAAGUCCUCCCUGUACGGAGCCAACUUCAUUAUGGGGGCCGUCACAAGCCAACCAGAGUUGGUCCCUCGCUCCCUCGGAGGUGGGAAUGGGUGAUGAAUGGAGCAAAGUGCUUACUUUGGGUACUUACGGAAUAUUUGCAUUGGUCAGCCCAGCCAUCGCGAAUGGGUGGUGAGGGGCCGGGGAUAUUUUGGGCGCCUUACAUGCGUGCCAAGAUGAUGCAUACACAGAAUACAUUGCUCUUUUGGGUGCUCGCGCCGGCCGCUUUACCAAUACAACCCCAAGCUUGCCCUCACCCAGCCUUCCUGUUCUAGUUAUCUACCAGCGGGUGAAGAAAGCGUUUUCCCUUUCCUUUUCGCGAGUUGGAUCUUUUAUUCCCGUCAUACCCUUUUUACUGGUGCUUCUGUCUCGACAAAAAUAGACUCAUUCUGUUCCCCCUCGUCGAGACAAGAACGAGACACGUUCACGCAACACCACGCGCUGUUGUAGGACGAUCACAUUCAUCGGCCCCAGACCCGCAUCUGCCAUACCAUACAUACCAAGGGCGCCAUCCGUCACUUGCCCGGGCGUCUAUUUCUAUGAAUUGAGUCGUGGGAGCUUAAGCAACUGCCCUAUCAACGUCUACUCUUGUCGCCCAGCCCCGACACCCCGGUCGAAUCGGCAACUCUAUAAACACUGGGAGUAGCCGCUACCAUCCAGCAAGCGUUUAGUCAAAACCACCUGGGCCCCGCUGCAGGUCGCCUUCAUCUUUGUCCUAUUCCCCUGUCCUCCCGAAAGUUGGUCUCUCACUUGCUUUAUUCAACUAUUUCAUCGCAGACGAGCAACAUCCCGAGUUGCAACAAAGCAAGUCUGAAAGACAUUACUACGGGUGUGUUUGUUGACGCACCCAAGUGUUGCAUCUGCACACAAGGAGUCUGUGACUUCUGUUCUCCUGUCUCUUCUUUUUCCUUACCAUCAGGCCUAUAGCCUAGAUCGUAUUCGCCAUGGCGUUCGGCGAUGAGAGGAAGCGCCCUGCGGCUCUGAACCUUACACCAGCCCGUUCGGGCUCCACAGACUCGACGUCGACAUCGUCCUCGCUCAAGAACCCGAGGACACCAAGAUUCGCCGAGGCCACAUCUAUUCACUCACCUGUCGAAGACAUGUCAAGGAAACCAUUCGACGAUGAGAGGUCAUUCCAGGCCCAAUCGCAGCCCGGUGAUAUCGGGUUCGGGUAUAUCAACGAAUCUUCGAGCAACAGGGAGUCCGUUACGAUGCCCAUGACGCCGAGAUCGCCGCUCAAGAGUGCCAUGAGGGUGCCAGGGACUCCGGCACGGAAGUUUGACAACCCACUCAGCCCGACUUUCAGGGAGGAGCAAGUACUGGAGAAGAGGGAGGCCUCGACUGACGUUGAGCAGGCCAAGGACUUGAAAGUGAAAACAAGGGUACGGAUGGCCAAGUUUGCGCUGCGAGGAGUAAACUUUAGCUGCAGUCUCAUCAUUCUGGCCAUGAUCUCAACAACAUUCACCAUCUUCAACGCUACCAAAUCACUCCCGACUAGAGACGGAAAGCCCGCAUGGUCGACGACCACCGAAAUCUGGCCCCAAAUUCUGAUCCUCACCGUUGCCUCCAUAUCGCUUCUCAUCUGCGUUUGUAUCUUCUGGGCGUACUGCCGUGGAGGCCAUGCACGAGCCGAAAAGGUCGGCGUCUACUAUACGCUCUUUGCCGUCGGAUGGUUUAUCUUCAGCAUGGUCAUGUGGGCAAUCGCAGCCGGCAUAUUUCAGCACAAACGUAACAGCAGUGGCAAUCAGGACAUGUGGGGAUGGUCAUGUGUCCAGAACCACCGAGCUGAUCUGUUUGAUGAGAAGGUCGACUAUGCGCUGCUGUGCCGUCUUCAGAACUGGACAAUGGUUUGCAUCAUCAUAGAAAUAGUCGUCGAGGUCAUUGCCAUCACUCUUUACAGCAUCGUCUUCUACCGCUACUACUCCAAGCGAAAGCUUCACAAGUCCAUGGAUCUGCGCGACAAGGCCAGGUCUGACCUGUACCUCGCCCAGCUCCGAAGCCAAUCAGCACCCAACACUCCUGGGUUUGGCCCCAAGUCGCCUGCGUUCUCCCAGUACGCCAUGUCACCACGAUUCCCACCUCAGGCAUAUGGUUCGCUGGGCGACAUUCAAGAGACGUCUCCCUUCACACCGGGCGGUAGGCCUGCACCGAUUGCCGAGCCCCAGUCGUCUUUCGCUGCUAGCAACUCGCCAACCCAGCCGUUCAAGCUGCAAGCGCCACCGCUCAAGGCUCCUUCGGCUACCCCCAGGGCACAGCAAAACGGCUUUGAGUCGCCAUCGACUGCCUCAAACCACAACCUCACUUUCACACCCUCGGCAUCGGCAUCGGCAGCACCGACUGUUGACUCGGAUGAGCCACGCUAUGAUGCUGUGCCGAUCCCAGGUGCCUACUCCGAUCAGGCUGUCAAGAGCCCACCGCCCACAAGGACAGCAUUCCAAUGAGUGUCGACGUCGCAGUUCCAGCUUGGGGUAUGCCUAUUGGAGUGGCUGCUUCUUGGACUUGAUACAAAACAAAAACAGCCCGGGGGUUUGUUUAUUUUACGUCUUAAACUGUUUCCUUUGUGCAGCCUACUAUUUUCAGUCUCGUCAUAUUAUACCUUUAUCUUCUUCAUUCUGUCUCCACACUUCUGUUUAUAUACCACAGACGUCAAUUUGGGAGACGUUUAUUUCCUCUCGAAUAGCGCGUUUGGGUUGGCACAUUUGGAGGAUUUUCUUUUCUCUCUAUGAGUUUAUUUUCUAAUGUAGGAGAGGUCACAUUGUACACUACCAAUCAAUGGAGGACAAUUUUUCAAAAAAAAAGAGAGCUUGACCACCUGAGCCAGAUCAAUGCACGGGAUAAGAUAGAAGCAAUAUUUCGUACAUAACAUACCAAAUACCAAAGUAAAUCGACGGAUAUCAAAACUUCA